AUAAAGUCUUCCAGCCAGCUCACUUACAGAUCACACCUUCUCUGCAUGGAAAACACACCUCAAAGCAUUAUGAGCAUCUAUAUAUAUGUUAGGAAUAGGGACCCCAAGCCAAGAUAAGGAUCACAAGUCACAACUCAAUACCAAACUUCAAAACACAACAAAAUACAUCUUUUUUCAAAAAUCUAAGAAAAAACAUAUAUAUAAAAAAGAAAAAAUAAUGGCAGCAUUCUUUCCGAAAUUCGUUAUGGUCUCGAUUUUCGCGGUCUUGGCUCGUUUUGUCGUGCCAUCCUCUGCCAAUUUCUAUAGAGAUGUGGAUGUUUCGUGGGGGGAUGGCCGUGCCAAGAUACUCGAAGGCGGGCGUGGACUUUCUUUGUCGCUCGACCGAAACUCUGGCUCGGGUUUCCAAUCCAAAAACGAGUAUUUGUUCGGGAGGUUCGACAUGCAACUUAAACUCGUACCCGGAAACUCGGCUGGCACAGUAACCACAUUCUUCUUGUCGUCUCAAGGUGAAGGGCACGACGAGAUAGACUUUGAGUUUCUCGGGAACUCGAGUGGUGAGCCUUACACAGUGCACACGAACGUGUACUCAAAGGGAAAAGGUGACAAGGAACAACAAUUCCACCUUUGGUUCGACCCAACUGCCGCUUUCCACACAUACUCGAUCGUCUGGAAUCCUCGACGCAUCAUAUUCUUGGUGGACAAUAGUCCCAUUCGAGUUUUCAACAACCACGAGUCGAGUGGUGUGCCGUUCCCAAACACCAAGCGGAUGAGAGUGUACUGCAGUUUGUGGAAUGCAGACGAGUGGGCAACUCAAGGCGGUCGGGUGAAGACAGACUGGACAAAAGCUCCUUUUGUGGCAUAUUACAGAAAUUUCAGGAUUGAAAACGGCCAACAGUCUCAGAAUCUAGAGCUUGAUGCGAAGGGAAGAAAUAGACUCAGAUGGGUUCAACAGAGGCAUAUGGUCUAUAACUAUUGUGCUGAUUAUCAGAGGUUUCCUCAGGGAACUUCCAUCGAGUGCAAACGCUCGAGGUUCUAAGCCUCAAACGAGACAGAGUUUCAUUUUCGGGAAUUCAUCAACGUGUUCUUGUUCAAUUUGUUUUGUGUUUGUUUCAGCUUCGUUAUUCAUUUAUCAUUGUUUUAUUUGAUGUAAAUGUUGAAAAUAAAAUUUGUGAGAAUAAAUGAGGGAAGUACCGUCCCUUUUGAUUUGGAAAAUGAUCUAAUUCAUUCUAAGAUAUUAAUUGCAUUUGUUGCUGCAAAAGCUCAGUGCAUGUUGUAUGGGGCACGUGCUGAACUCGAGACUCUCAUGAAGCACCAUAAAAGUUAGCAAACUCUACAAGUAACAGCUACACUUCGAGGCUUGGAUGAAAUGGCCGGCAAACGACUAUCUUAAUGACAAAAGCAAGUAAAAUGCCAAUUACCUUAGACUUAAAAUGCCAAUUUCAUCUCUUUUUCUGUACUACUUUCCACUCUGCACGUGUUGGCUUCUCAGGUUCGUGGUGAAGUAUAUUUUUUACCCACUUGGAAUUACAGUGCACCUUGAACAUAAACAAAUUUACAUACUUGCAUAACUGACUUACUG